CGAUUAGCUCCGCAAGCUGCACCUCGUGAUGGGCAGUUGUUUACUCAUCAUCGUUAUCCGAGGUGCGCUGAUCAGAUGCUCGGAGGCAUUUAACCACCAACAGAAGCGCCCGGCGUCAUAACCCGCUAACACCCCCCCACCAGAGGAGCCAUCGGAGACCCACCGGCUAUGACACAUCGGGAGGCAUGGCGGGUUGGCAACGGUUAACAGCCCUCUGCGUCGGCGUGUUGUUGUUGUUGCUGUUUCUGGGUCUGAGCGACGGAAGACCAGCAGAGAAAUGCCUGCAGAACAAGUCCUGUCAGAGCCGGAGACCCCCAGUCGUCCUCAUCCCGGGGGAUCUGGGGAACCAGCUGGAGGCGAAGCUGGAUAAACCCAGCGUGGUCCACUACAUCUGCUACAAGAAGACGGAAAACUUCUUCACUCUGUGGCUCAACCUGGAGCUGCUGGUGCCCUACGCCAUCGACUGCUGGAUAGACAACAUCAGGCUGAUCUACAACAGUACCACACACACAUCCGACGCCCCACCAGGCGUAUAUGUUCGAGUCCCGGGUUUUGGAAAGACGUAUUCCCUGGAGUACCUGGAUCCCAGCAAGCACAGCGUGGGCAUGUAUUUCUUCAGCAUCGUCCAGGCGAUGGUGGAGUGGGGCUACACCAGAGAUGACGAUGUCAGAGGAGCGCCAUACGACUGGAGGAAAGCUCCGAAUGAGAAUAAAGACUACUUCCAGCAGCUGCAGCAGAUGAUUGAGGAGAUGGCAGAGAAGGCCGGGAGACCCGUGGUGCUCAUCGCCCACAGCAUGGGGAACAUGUACACGCUGUACUUCCUCAACCAGCAGCCGCAGGCCUGGAAAGACAAAUACAUCAAGGCUUUCAUCUGUCUGGGACCGCCGUGGGCCGGCGUGGCCAAAACCCUCCGUGUGGUCACGUCCGGUGACAACAACCGCAUCCCGGUCAUCAGCCCCCUGAAGAUUCGCUCACAGCAACGUACUGCCGUCUCCACCAACUGGCUCCUCCCGUAUGACCACUCGUGGCCCAAAGAUCAGGUUUUCAUCCAAACACCCAGCGCCAACUACACCGUGAAGGACUAUGAGAAAUUCUACUCGGACAUCGGUUUCAGGGAGGGCUGGCUGAUGCGUAAGGACACCGAGCCGCUGGUGUCCGACCUGACCGCCCCCGGCGUCGCCGUCCACUGCCUGUACGGCGACGGGAUCCCCACGCCCGAGUCCUUCCGGUACUCGGACAAGUUCCCGGACGUGGAGCCCGACGUGGUGUACGGCGACGGGGACGGGACGGUCAACCUGCGGAGCGCCGUGCAGUGCAAGCGGUGGGCGGGGCAGCAGGAGCAGCCCGUCACCCUGAAAGCGCUGCCGGGCAACGAGCACGUCAACAUGCUGACCAACAUCACCACCGUGGCCUACAUCAAGACCGUGCUGUUCUCGCCGUGAAGCCGCCCAACGCUCCGACCACGUCUCAACGGAAAAUGUUCAAAUUUGACCUGAGAAAUCCUGAAUCCUUCUAGGUGUGAACUGAUACGUGUCACCCUUUGUUUGUUGUUAAAAAUGUAAUGCUUUUUCUAUUGGUCUCAGAUUUUCACAAAGUCUAGAUUUUACCCAUUACUUGUUAUAGGAUAAGAGAACGUGUGGAGAAGCAGGAACGGUUUAUUAUUUCUCAGAGAGAUUUCUGUAACAGGAAUUUUCAAGCACAGCAAGCCAAUCAUGUUGUUAUGAUUUUGCAGAUUUGUAUCUUCAUUUCGUUUGACUAAUUUUGAUAUUGUUGUUGUUGCUUCGUGUUUUUUUUUUUUUUUUUUUUCUUUGUCUGCCCAGCCAAGCUGUUGUGGGCUUUUAUGUGGACAAAGUGUUACAGGAGUUACAGACCACCGUCAUAUCAAGGGUUUGAUUUUCAGUCAAAUGAAAAAACAAUUGGAUGAUCUGCAUUUAAGAGCGUUAAAGAUAUUAGGAAUGUUUUGUGAUGGUGGAAAAGAGUAUUAAAAAAACAACUGGAACUGCUAAUCUUUUUGAUCCGUUUUCCUGUUUGACUGUUUUUUGUUCGGGUUUGGUUUGAAUCGGGUGCCUUAAAAGGCUCUAAUUACAGAAAGCUGGAAGGAGGAGACUCUUCCCGACUAUGUGACGUCCAUCUGAUCUUUUCCUAGACGUUUUUAUACUUUUCCUUGUUGUUUUUGUCAUUUUUUUGUGUUGUUUUAGCGGAUGUUAAAUGUUCAGACUGUUUAGGAAACCCAUCUCCUGCUGAACAGAUGUGGGGGGGACCUGAGUGAAUGUACUGUGCCAUGAACCCUCUCUGACCAAAAGUAUAUAUACUAUGAAGUUUCACGUCUGCUGUGAGCAAUCAUAAAUGUGUGUCACGAACAAGCGGCCUUCUGUAGAGUAAAAUGCUUCAAAUGAAACAA